AUGCGGCUCUCCUUGGACCCCGACGACUCCUCGAAGGGCUUCAAGCUCAGGUUUGAGUUCGCGCCGAACCCGUACUUUGAGGAGGCGGUGCUUUCGAAGGAGUACCACACGAAGGAGAGGUCGCAUUGGACGGGCGAGAUCGGGCUGACCGAGAUCGUCGCGUCCAGCAUCACGUGGAAGGCCGGCAAGGACGUCACCGUGGAGGUGGUGAAGAAGAAGGCCAAGGGCGGAGGCGCGAAGAAGGAGAAGCAGAAGGCAAAGGGCGGCAAGGAGGAGCCGCGCAACUCGUUCUUCCGGGUCUUCUUCAAGAGCCUCAAGGAGGACGGCCCCGUUCCCGACGACAUCGACCUGGAAGCUAUGGGCUUGGGCGACGAUGACGAGGACUACGAGCAGGUCAUGGAGAUGAUCAUGGGCAACGACCACGACAUGGGCUGCGCCGUCCGCGACAACAUCAUCCCCUACGCGGUGCGGUGGUACACGGGCGAAGCCGCCCCAGACAUGGACGACGGCGACGAGGGGGAGGAGGAGGAGUCGGACGAGGGCGACACGUCGGAGGCCGACGAGGUGGACGACGACGAGGACGAGGACGAGGCCCCCAAGAAGGGCGGCAGGAAGGGCCCGAAGGGCGGUGCCGGCCCGAAGCGACAGGGCGGCGGAGCGGGCGGCGCGGGCGGCGCCGCAGCGGCCGGCGGGGAGGCGGGCAAGGAGGACUGCAAGCAGCAGUGA